CGGCUAACGUUAGCCAACAACAUGCUUUUUGUGCUGCCUGGGGAAUAAUGUUGCUACAGUAGCCAGCUAAAAUGUGCUAGCAACGAGAGAGCUUUCAGCUAGCGAACCAAGUUAGCCAGUCUUUCCACGUCCACGCCACGCCACACCAGAGACUGAACAGUAAUGAACCUACUAGGUGCAAAAAUAUACUUCAGUGCAUUAUUCGAAUUGGCUGCUUCCGGUUGAUGUGUAGCCAUGUACUAGAUAGUUAGCUAUCCAACCUGGGAAGUUUCUUUUUCUUUUUAAUAAGUUCUUGUCAGUGUCACCAUUACAAUUCAUAACAGAACAAGAGGCUAACCAGCUUGGCAACAUCCCAGGCUCGACGCUAUCAUAAUCAUUUAGCUAACUGGAGCUAGUUACAUGCCUUCCAAGACCAUGCUUGAUUUGGUCAUUUUGUCGUGGGUCGUCUUUCUUACAAUAUUGAGCGUGUUAUUAACGGUCAUCGGGUAUGUACUGUACUCUGGAUUGUUUUCAGACAUCAACAUCCGGACUGGGUCACCCCCAAUAAAAAAUGUUACAAUUGCCUACAAAUACAAACAGGGACCAUACAAAACAUGUGGAACACUUUUCUCCGAAAGUUGCUCUAUUGGCCCGAAACUAUCCAGUAUUGGCGUGUUCUACGAUGACCCCAAACAGGUCCCGGGUGAAAAGUGUCGUUACGCGGUUGGCAGCAUCCUGUGCGAGGGAGACGGGCAGCCAUGCCAGGAGCUUCUGCUUCUUUACCAGAAACGUGGCUUCCGGAUCUUCUCCUUCCCGGAGGUCACGCACGUGGUCACAGCCACCUUCCCCCACAGGACUCCCCUGUCGGUCUUCCUGGGGGUGCAGAGGGUCUACCCCCGAAUGGACUGCUACAUCAAGGAGAGGAAGCUUUGUGCCCACCCCUUCAUUGAGAUCUACCAGGGUAAUAUGAUCCAUUUCAUGGGCCCUCUAGCGCGCCAGAGUGACUUCUAUGUCCCCGAGCUGCGGGAGGAGUGGAGACAGAAGGACAGUGAAGAUUCAGAGGAGGACAGAAGGACGGACAUCACAGGUGCAGACUCCAACAGCGAAACCAGCUCUGUGUGUCGCAUGAUGUCUGGCAGCCGUGAGUCAUCCUUGGCUCCGUCCUCAGUGCCUACCCUAAUUCACCGGGAUCAGGGAUGUGGAGACCACUGGAGUGACAGGAGCUCCGACCAAUCCUCCUCAUCAUUUGAGGAACUGGAUUUAGAGCUGGUGGAGGGUCAGGAGAAGGCAGAUGGGGCACCAGCUGAAGUCCCAUGCAACAAAACCUUAGCAGUCACCCCAGAGGAGCGAGAGGCAGUGGCUGAGGGUGAAGAGUAAAACUAGAAUGGUGAGGCUUGAUUUAUCUACAGACGUGUUCUGACAAGAGUAUUACUGAGUUGAAACAUCCAAAGGAAAGAUGGUGGCUGUUGGAUGGCUGGCUCACACAACCGUUUUCAGUGCAAUUGUGUGCCCCUGUGUUCUGGAACUGGUUCCUUACUAUGCCAGGGCCAGGCUGGGUACUGUGGCUCAUAAUUAUUUGUGGUAUCACUUAAAGAGAGGGGUUUCAGUUGGCAGGGUAUUCUCUGUCACAUCAUGCAAGAGUAGCUCCUGUGGUGCAUUAGGCAGGUAAGCAGUGCAGUGAUGCAGCACAUGGGCUGUGAAACUCUGCUGGGCUGCAGGGGAAAAAGAAAUGACAGCUGUGAUUGUGUGGUAAAAUAAAAAAAUAUAUAUAUUAACUCCUUUUAUGUUCAUCUUAAUUGUUUACUCAACAUCGUAUCUAGUGAUAAAAUGUUGAGUAAGCUGGUUUCACAGCUAUCUUGUUUUAUUUUCUCUCAACCAGCUAAAACACUAGCUAACAAAAACUUCUAACUUCUUAGUUACAGUAACAAUGCAGUCAUCCAUUUUAAAUUUUAAGCUAUCUAACUAGAUAGCUAACUAUCUAAAGGCUUGAGCUUCUAGAUAGCUAUGGAACUUUGUUUAGAACCUAAAAAGUAUUUAUAGCUGGCUUUAAAAAAAGCUAGACAACCUGAUAUCUAGCUGCCACUUUUCUAUUCCAAGCAACUAACAAGUAAUGCUUUAUUAGUUUUACUAUCAUCUUUAUUUCCAUUAUACUUGACCACACCAAAACACAAGUUAUAGCUAACAUAGCAUAACCGCCCUGAAGUAGUACCUCCAAAAGAAAUGCUUUCUAUAUAAAUAAAUAAAAUAAAUACCCUUGACGAGGGUAGCUCUAUCCUUUCUUCAGUUAUAGCCUAUAAGAACAUGUUUUUCCAUUGGUGUGGUUUUGGGUUUUAAUGACAGGGACCAUUAUCAAUUACCUCAAAUACCAGUGGCCUAUGAAAGCAUAGGCUUUCUUCUAAAUAGACUGACAGAGGAGAAUGUUGCUGACAUGAUCAUUAUAAAUCCCUUAUAUUUUGCACAGUUUUCUUUUGAAUUUUAUCUAUGUUCUUAUCACCAUUUAUCAAUUCAUAAAUAUAAAAAAGGUCUGUUCUUUUCCCAUACUUGAUAAAAUACCCUACACUUUUUUGGAUUUUGUUGAUAAUCAUUGAAGGCAAUAUACUACAAAAAUGUCCCAUAAUAUCUUUGGGGUACAUAUCAUGGAAGAGGUUAAGGGAUGUUACUCAGGUUUAUGUUUAGUUUUUGAAUACCGAUAAUAUUUUUAGUCUUUAAAAAAAUACUUGUAUUGUUUUUUGUUCACGUGUUCUGAUGCAUGUUCAUGUAUUUACUGGUUACAGAUUUUGAUGAGAUAUAGACUCACUGAGUUCUUUACAUUUCAAUAACUUCAGACAAAGCAAUGGUUGUGUUACAAUACCAAGUAGUCAUUCUGUCAAGUAACAUAAGGACAGUAUAGUCAGGACUGUAAAACAUAUCUCUAUUGAUAAUUCUAUGAGGGAAAAUAUAAUGCCUUUUUUAGUAUUUUGGCAUAUUUCUCCUGUGAUAGAGAUAUACUUAUUUCUAUAUAAGUAAAAGUUUAAUCGGAUAUCUAUGUACGGUCUACAGUAAGUUAAUUCAUAGGCAAAGAUUUUGUCUUGUUUGUUUCCAUCACAUUUUUGUUAUUGUUAUAUCGAUAAAAAACUGUCAGACUUUGUAACAAACAACUGUGGAUCUUUCUCAAUGAUGUUCAUUCUUACUUGAAAAGCCAUUGAGUGUUGGGGUGUUCAGAGGUACUUGUGGAUUGUUAAUCUGUUUUCUUUUAUUUUGUAGUAUCAUAUUGGAAUUUACUGACAUGUUUUGAUGUUUGGCCUGUCAGUGGUGACAGACUGAUAUAAAGGGUAAGAUGCCAUGUUGAGAUAGUUGCUAACUAAUAAAAUGAAUUUGCAUUGCGAAAUCAAACAAA